AUGCCCUUUGCUCUCUCCCUGGCCUCUUGCUAUGGCUGGGCUGCGGCCUUGUGCCGGCAGCUGGCGGCCGACCAGGGCUUCCACGUCCUGCUCGGGUCGCGUGACGCGGGCGCGGACCGGGUCGAGAUGUUGCCGCUGGACGUCUCCGAUGAUGCCUCCGUCCGUGCUGCGGCCGAGGAGAUCAAGCAGAGAUACGGGGCGGAGUCGAGCUUGUAUGGCAUUGUCAAUAACGCCGGGGUCGGCUUCGACCAUUCCAUGCAAAGGACCUUGGACGUGAACACCUAUGGCGCAAAGAGAGUCUGCGACGCCUUUCUUCCGAUGCUUCAGAAAGAUGGGCGGAUCGCGAACACGGCGUCGGCGUCUGGGCCCAACUACGUCUCGCGCAGCAGCGGCGAGGAGAGGCAGCUGCUCACAGACCCAGGCGUGACCUGGGAGGCGCUGGACAGCUUCAUGCGGGAGGCGUGCGAGAACCCACGGGGGAGGCAGCCCUAUGGCUUGUCUAAGGCUUGCCUCAUCUCCUACACGAUGCUCAUGGCUCGCCUUCAUCCCGACCUCAAGAUCAACGCCAUGACGCCGGGGUAUAUCCUGACGGACAUCACACGGGGGAUGGGGGCCACCAAGCCGCCUGAAGAAGGCACGAAGGCAGCAAUCUACUGUCUCACGGGCGAGCUUGAAGGAAAUGGCCGCUACUAUGGCUCCGAUGCUCUUCGGAGCCCGAUCGACCGAUACCGUGCCCCAGGCGAUCCCCCAUAUCAGGGGCCCUGA